AUGAAGGAGUACUCGCUCGGGCCCAACGGCGCAAUCAUCACCGCGCUCAACCUGUACGCCGUCAAGUUCGACCAGGUCCUCACCCUGGUCGAGAAGCGCGCCGCGGAGGUCCGCGCUGUGCUGUUCGACACCCCCGGCCAGAUAGAGACCUUCACCUGGUCCGCGUCGGGACGCAUUAUCACGGAAGCCCUCGCCGUCACCAUGCCUACCGUCGUGCUGUUCGUCAUUGAUACGGAGAGGAGUCAGAGCGCUAUGACCUUUGUCAGUAACAUGCUGUACGCGUGCUCCAUAUUGUACAAGACCAUGCUCCCGAUGGUCAUCGUGUUUAAUAAGAUCGAUGUCACGUCCUGCAAGUUUGCGCAGGCCUGGAUGGAAGACUUUGAUCAGUUUGACGCCGCGUUGAAGGAGGAGAACUUUGUCGGCACGCUCGCCCGCUCCAUGGCCAUGGCGCUGGAGGAGUUUUACAACAACCUGCAGAGCGUGGGUGUCAGCGCGCACACUGGGGAGGGGAUGCCUCAGUUGGUUCGUGCGAUUCAGGCGGCCACCAGAGAGUACUACGCCGAGUAUAAGCCGGCACUGGAAGAACGGAAACGCCAAAAGGCCGCGGCCGAGAUAGCGAGAGUUAACGACCAGAUCGAAAGCUUCAGGAACGAUCGCGAUCCGCAGACAGAAGCGGAGCGCGAUACCAAGUGGGCACCGAGGAAGCCGGGCGAGGAGAGUGAGGAGGAACAGGAAGAUGCUUCAGGAGAUGCGCACGUCGAGGAUGUGAGGUUGAGAAAGCUUGGAGGGGAAGGAGUCAAUGACCAGGAGGAUAAGGAGGCCUAUGAGGACUUUGUUAAGUAUAUGAAUGCUAUCAAGUUGAACAAGAACGGAUAAGAUCACAUUUCUGUCCUGUUUCAUGCAUGUUGUUCAAACUGUCAUCAGUAGUGCCGUUUGAAGUAACCUACAUGGCUGGAUGUAAUAAUUGCGAUGUCAAAGUCGUGAGCAAGAGCGACGAGGAAAACUCGGACCAGAACGAGUAUGUGAAGGAUUCAGAAGCAGAUCAUUCGCCAACUUUGCAGAAGCCCUGGUCAAGGGGUGCUAGAAGGGAGAGAAGUGAAGCUGACGCAGUUCGUCGGUUGAAGAUUGGAGGGCCUGGCCGAACUUACAUGGGUGUAGAUGCACCUCGUGGGGCAUUGAAUGGCCGGUUGAAACAGAAAAAUUGUACAUCGCGGAGGAAGAUGGUUUCGGCACAGGCAGAUGUUUUCACACAAGAAUAAGAAAUGAACGCCAAUGCUUAAUCUCUACGCCAAGCGUGACUGCUGAGUACGUUGAUGGCGGGAUGCAAUCGCUUUGCGUGGAAAGCGGGACGUACACUUGCAACGGAAGCUCGAGCGUAGUUCAAGACGAAACUAUCAGGGUGGUGCGUAGCUCAUGUAGACAAGCGUAUGAUUGGGUAGGCGUAAGUUUUAGUCUGAUUCGUGGAACCAAGUCUGUUGACCAAAAGUUACUGGCUCGGCGAGAAUGCUUCGCGGUGUCAACAGCAGUCAGUGCGUCAAAGCGUUGUAACGCUGCGUGUAAGCCAGUAAAUAUCGAUAAUUGCAUGUCGCAUUGAUGACGACAUUGAGGG